CCUGACCCCGCGACACUGACAGGAAUGAGCAGCACGGGCCCAGUACAAUGACAUAUAGACGUAUAGUUCCCUAAUCAGCACAUGUGACCCCACAAAUUGUCCCCUAAAGAGCCGUGGCCUCCAGUCUGUGUCCCUCCCGCUCCCCGCCGGGUUGGCUCUUUCCCCCCACUCCCUGGAUCUCCAGUCUCAGAGCCAUGUCCCAAGAUGGCGGAACUGGCGGAGCUGAAGCACAUGGUUCUGAGCUUUAGAGUGUCAGAGCUGCAGGUUCUGUUGGGAUUCGCUGGCAGGAAUAAGAGUGGCCCGAAGCACGAGCUCCUCACCAAGACUCUCCUCCUACUCAGAUCCGGCUGCAGCCCGGCCGUCCAGAUGAAGAUCAAGGAGUUGUACCGGAGAAGGUUCCCCCGCAAGGUUGUCAGCUCUACGGACUUAUCCAUGUUGCACAUGCCGGGGGGAGCUCUGCCUUCCGCCAAUUCUCUGGCUCAGGGAUCCGUGUGUCACAUGGGUUAUGACACCAGCACUGCCUCCCCCACCGUGUCUUCCUCAAUGUUACCCCCUGUACCAAUGCUGGGCCCUAAACAUGAGACUGACCUCUCCCACCUCACCCCACCCAUUCACCCAGUGCACCCGGACGUCAAGAUGAAGAGGCUGCCCUUCUAUGAUGUAUAUGAUGAGCUCAUUAAGCCCACCACUUUGGCCUCCACGAACACCCAGAGAUUUGAAGAGGCGCACUUCAACUUCGCAUUAACCCCGCAGCAGGUCCACCAAAUCCUCACUUCCAGAGAUAUAUUGCCUGGAGCAAAGUGUGAUUAUACAGUCCAAGUACAGCUAAGGUUCUGCUUGUGUGAGACCAGCUGUCCCCAGGAAGACUAUUUCCCCCCCAACCUGUUUGUGAAAGUGAAUCAAAAGCUGUGCCCCCUGCCCGGCUAUUUACCCCCCACAAAGAAUGGUGCUGAGCCCAAACGACCAAACAGACCAAUCAAUGUUACGCCACUCAUCCGACUGACAUCAACGGCGCCCAACACUAUUGUGGUGAAUUGGUCCUCGGAGUUUGGCCGUAACUACUCUCUGUCCGUGUACCUGGUGAAACAACUCACAUCCGUCACCUUACUGCAGAAACUCCGAGCAAAGGGAAUCCGGAACCCAGACCAUUCCAGAGCCUUGAUAAAGGAAAAGCUGACGGCGGAUCCUGACAGUGAAAUUGCCACAACGAGCCUGCGUGUGUCGCUCAUGUGCCCGCUGGGGAAGAUGCGCUUGACGGUGCCCUGCAGAGCCAUUACCUGCACUCACUUGCAGUGCUUCGACGCAGCGCUCUACCUGCAAAUGAACGAGAAGAAGCCCACGUGGACCUGCCCCGUGUGUGACAAGAAGGCGCCGUAUGACACGCUGAUCAUUGAUGGCCUUUUCAUGGAAAUCCUCAACUCCUGCACGGACUGCGACGAGAUCCAGUUCAUGGAAGAUGGAUCCUGGUGCCCCAUGAGACCAAAGAGAGAGAAGCAGGACAUUUGCCAGACGACCCAAUAUGGAGGCAUUGAGGCCAGCUCCAUCUAUAGCAUGACCCCCGAACUCAAGCACAACCCCGAGACAAAGAAGAAGGUGGAGGUGAUUGAUCUGACUCUGGACAGUUCCUCGGACGACGAUGAGCCCCCCACCAAGAAGCAGUGUCCGGUUACGUCUGCGGCUAUCCCGUCUGCUGCAGGACCCAAAGGGGUAAUCAGCGUUGAUCACCAGCCAUCUUCUGUAUUAAGGAGCCCACCCAUGGCAACGAUCAGCAGCGAUUACCUGUCCAGCCUACCUCUGCCGGAUUAUCACCGCUCCUACAGUGUCCCACCUGAUAUCCAAGGGCUGGAUCUGUUCUCCUUCCUUCAGGCCGACAGUUCGCAUUACAGCCCAUCCGUCAUCACUUCCCUGGAUGAACAGGACUCCCUGAGUCAUUUCUUCCAGUAUCGGGGCCCUCCUGCCCACUACAUGAGUCCACUCACCCAGACCAUAACGGGAAGCCACGCUACUCCCAGUGGUGCCAGUCGGAUCAGCAGCAUCGUGUCCACCAGUUCACUGAGGGAGAGUCACAACACAUCACAGAACAACUCUUCAGUACUGCCAGGCUGCCGGCCAGACAUCAUAUCCUUGGACUGACAGACAUCAUAUCCUUGGACUGACAGACAUCAUAUCUUUGGACUGAUUGGGAGAGACAGAAGGCGACAGAAGAAACCAGAAAAGCAACAUUCAGCCUCUGAGCAGCCAGGGGCCCUCCUGCACUUGUGAACUCUACUAUGAAUCCUGGUGCAGUGCUGCAGUCUCUGGGUUUCCUGGCUCAGCAAGUACUACUCCCUAGCAACAUGCUUUUCAACACUGUGGCCCCUGAAUUUUUUUAUAAGUCUUUUUUCUAUUGGUCCUGAUCCAUCUUCCAAGCAAUUGGUAUUUUAUUUCCAAGCAUUACAGAGUGGGGCCCCGUGGCACCAAGCUAAGCUAUAUUCCGCAGGGUUGCAAGAAUGUAGCACCACAGACAUGCAGGGAAUCCCUACCUAGCGACAGUUGUAGUAUUAAAGGAUAAGUAAA